AUGUCGUCCGGCAAGACUUCCACGCUGAAGAAGGGACAAGCUUGCACAUGCUGCAGGCGCAGAAAGACAAGAUGCGAUGGUGCUCGCCCCGUCUGCACUCAAUGUGCUACUAACGGGCGCGAGCUUGAUUGCGAAUACACAGACGGAUUCGGGCCUACACGAACCGAAAUACUUCAGGAAUAUUUAGCUCGUCUGCAAAGCAGAGUUCAAGUCCUCGAAACAAGCCAUGCGCAGAGGGCAUUUCCAAGGACGGGCCAACAGAGUUAUCCGCAGCUGACAGUACAACCAUCAUCCCACUGGUGGACUUCCGAGUUUCCUCCAGUUCAAGUAGCGAGGCAACUAUUCGAGAUUUUCCUUCGUCACGAACAUCAGGUCGGAUGGGCCCUAAACAACAGCCGAGUGUCUACAGCAAUGUCUUAUGGACCUUCAAGCCCAUUGUUUCCACAUCCCGCCCUUGUAACUGCAAUGUUUCUGUGGGGUGUACACUUCACCCAGUCGGCUUCUACGUCUCCAGAGAUUGAACAGGCAUUAUUUGUACGGGCAACGACGCAGCUGCAAACUCAUCAGAUUGCCGCCCAUUCGCUACGGCGGGGACUACAAGCCGUUCAAGCGGAAAUCCUUCUCGCUACUUAUCUAUUUGCCGUUGGAGGCCGCCCUUUGGAGACAGACUACCAUAUCAGUGCUGCCGUCAGGUUGGCUGUGGGCUUUGGUAUGAACCGCAUUUCCCCAGAGCCAGGAGUCGAUACUAUCGAGGAAGGAGAGCGUAUCUCUGUUUUCUGGAUGGUAUUCCAUUUAGAUAGGUCAUGGGCAAUAGCUAAUGGAAAGCCCGCGGGCCUACGACUUCAUGGGGAGUCCAGAGUUAUUGUUACUACGCCAUGGCCGAAUGCUCCUGAAGAUUAUUCCCAGGGACCUGUUUCUUAUUCAUCUGACGGAAAUACAGAGCCAUUGAGGAAAUUCCUAGAGGAUGAAGGGAAGGCAACGUCUGGGUUUAGCUAUCCAGCGCUGGCUGUCAAGGCGGCGUUUCUUUGUGAACGUUCUUCCCAAUAUGCCGCUCGCCCGACAUCCGAUGAAGAAAUUCGACAUGCAGAUUCUACUAUAUUUGGUUUUGUCUCCACACUCGCUCCUCUGGACGGCAGUGCAUCAGCUGUGCUAAAGGCUCGGUUCAUUUCAAUCCAUGCAAUCGCUUACCUUGCAUUCAUACGCCUCCAUGAGCGAAACGCACCUAACGAUCAUGGAGCAUAUUCUCGCUGCGUCCAGGCUGCACGUUAUAUAGCAAUGCUCCCUGGUCAUCUGACACGAGGCGAAAUCUCUGAGAUGGAACCUUGCUGUAUGCCUUGUUUUGUAAUCUCCAGUAAAGUCCUCAUGCGCGAAAUUACACGCGUGCGUCAGUUACAAGGCAGCGCCCAGAGUGCCGAUUUCACUCCGGUCAAUGUUCUGGUAGACGAAUUGUCUCGUAUAAUGCAUUGUUUGACGGAACUCGCUCCAAUAUACCCAGUAAUUGAGUCUCAGCUGGAUUCUUUGGAGGACAUGCGUUCAGACCUGCAAAUUUAA